GUCUGUGCAGAUUUUCAGCAAAAUAAUUUGUUUUUGACAUUUGACAAGUAAAGUAAAAUUAUACCUUGUAGUUAAUUAAAAACAUGCUGUUUUUAUUAAAAACCUAUUUAACGUAAAUGUGUAAACUACUAUAGAUAAUACGCUUCAUAUUUAAGAUAAACCACUACUUAUCAUUACCUGUGUAACCUAAAACUUCUUCACAUUUAUUAUUAUAAAAUGUUAACAUGGAUUUACAAAAAUGGCUUAUGGAGACGCCUAAAUAUACAACAUUUCGUGUAAACAUAUUAAAAAAAAAUCACCAUGAAAGUUUACAACAAUACCUCUUGCAACAAGCCGAUGUAUUUGCUACCAAGCAGAUCCCUAGCUUUUACUUUUUGAAACCUGACUGUCUUAUAUUAGAAAGAUGGUCUGAAAGUGUAAUAGUGGAUCCAACUGGGAAGGAGGUGAUUGUUGAUGCAUUAUGUGCUGCUGCAGUAUUAAGGGGUGCUCAUGUGUUUGCUCCAGGAGUAAUGGGUCUUCCAAGCAGUCUCCAUUUAGAUGAAAAAGUAGACAUUUAUGGUGACCUUGAAAAGAAAUGCAAAAGAGGAUUGAAAUCGUUGUAUGAUGGGAAGAAGAAAUAUGUGGGUACGGGAUAUUUAAAAAUGUUGCGGUCCGAAUUAUUUGAUAAUGGAAUCAAGCCAAGUGGUAUCGCUGUGCAUACUUUAAUGCCUGUGUCUAGAUUGCCAGUUGUGAAUGAAUCUGUCUGUCCUAAAGGUGAACUUCUCUUACAAAACUUACCAUCUAUUGUAUGCGGUUGGGUAGUCAAUGCACAAUCUAAUGAAUACAUACUCGACAUGUGUGCUGCUCCAGGCAACAAAACAACACAUCUGGCUGAGAUGUCUAAAAAUCAGGCAUGCAUCACAGCAUUAGAUAAAACAUUAGAAAAAACAGAAAGGAUUCGAGAAACCUGUCAAAUCCAAGGUGUUACUUGCGUCACAGCUUAUGCAUUUGAUGCCACCAAGUGUCAUUCGGAAGAAAGUCUUGGAAUAGCAAAUGGACCCCCAUUUCCAUCGAAUUGUUUCGAUAAAAUACUCCUUGAUGCGCCUUGUAGUGGCUUGGGGCAACGACCUCAAUUAAUAAACAUGAUGUCACCGAAAAUGAUAAAAUCCUACAAAUUCCUACAACGUAAACUGAUAAGUGAGGCUGUAAAACUAUUGAAAGUUGGUGGUAAAUUAGUUUACAGUACCUGUACUAUAACUGAAGAUGAAAAUGAAGGUCUGGUGUCAUGGGUGCUAGAAAAGUUUCCAUGUUUAAAACUUAUACCUGCUGAACCACUCCUCGGAGGGCCUGGUCUACCUAAUUUAGGUCUUGAUGAUGAACAGAGAAAAAUGGUGCAACGCUUUGGGCCUCACAUAGAUGCGUUACGACCUGCAGAUGAAAUAUAUCGAGAUAGUAUAGGGUUUUUCAUAGCAGCCUUUACGAAAACGGCAAAUAAUAAAUAAAUAGAUUUGAGAAGUGA